AUGAUUACUAGAAAGAAAAGAAAUAAUUUAGGAUUUCCACCAAUCAAUCUAAAGUAUGAUAGACAUGGAAUACCCUAUGAGACAGACUCCUCUGGUAAUCCAUUGGAAUCACUUACAAAGCCACCAAGAAGAACUGCAGCACUACAAUCGAUUCAGAGUAUAACUCGUUCAAUACAGUUGGAAGCAGACGACUACGAACAAGAUAGUACACCACAGUUCAUGGUAACCGAUAAAAGAGGUACUUCCGACGAUCCUUUUGUUCUUGAUGAAAGUGAUGACGAUGAAGACAAUGACAAACAUGUUAAUAAUAAUAAUAUUAAUAAUGGUGACAAUACUACUUCCUCAAAUGUAUCUGAACGAACAACUACAACAACGACAACUACAACAACGACAUCGUCAUCAUCAUCAUCAUCGACUUCAACAGAUGAUAAAGAUCAAAGUAUAAAUGGUGAUAACAAUAGUGAAGAUAGUAAUAAUAAUAAUAAUAAUAGAAAUGGUGAUGAGGAUACAUCGAAUAUGGUUGUAUCUACGGUUGCUACACAUGAUUCAGAUGGUAAUAUACAGUUGAUUGCAAGAGGUAUUUCAGUGUAUGUAGAGUACGACUAUCCUUUGACAUCACCGGUGUUGUUCAAAGAGGAGUACAUCGAGAUUAAAGCACCAUUCUCUGCAAUCAAUACCAAUAACAGACAGAAAUUCGAUAUAGUCAUACAGAUUAAUUAUGAAGAUUUAACAAAGCUCAAUGUAAACUUCUUAAAAGAGAAUACAUCGAUUCAAAUUGGAACCAAAGCAUUUAGUUUCACAAAACAUUGGUUGAAGAUUCCUAAAAUAUGUAAAAAUUAUGAUUUAGGUAUUCCAAAUCAAAUUUGGUUAAAGGGCAUCAGUAAAAGCGAUUACAAUGGAAUACAACAAUUAAUUUGCGAUAAAUCACAUUGGAUAAAACUAUUAUUGAAAACAGAAACACAUGGACUGAAGAAAGAAAAGAUAGUUGCAAGAUAUCCACCACCCAAAGAAAAUCCAAAUAUAAUGGACAUUGUAAAGAUCACAUCUGAUGACAUGCACAAAUUGGAACCAUUUCAAUAUUUAAACGAUUCAAUCAUUGAUUUCUAUACAAGAUAUAUUAAAGAUCAUUAUGUAGCGGAUGAAGAUAAAGAUAGAUUCUACUUUUUCAAUACAUUCUUUUAUAAUAAUCUGUCGACCAAGAAGAACAUGGAUGAGGCAUACAAAAAGAUUGCGAAAUGGACUGGCUCAACCGAUAUUUUCUCAAAGGAUUUCUUAUUUAUACCUAUUUGUGAAAAUUUCCAUUGGACACUUUGUAUCAUUUCAUUUGCUGGACAAGAUUAUGAAACAUCGACAGCCAGUAAUAAACCUUGGAUUAUCUUUUUGGAUUCGCUGAAUAGUCAUCGGUUGGUAUCGAUCACGGGAAAGAUUAGGACGUAUCUAUCGAUGGAGUGGAAGUAUAAGAAGUCGGAUCCUUCGAAUGGUGCAAUUGCAGAGCGUGUCUACACCUCUAAGAAUCUACCGUCCUACAGGCCGUCGGUGCCCAAACAGGAUAAUAUGUGUGACUGUGGUGUGUAUCUGCUGCAUUACGUUGAGUUGUUCUGUAGGAAUCCAGAGAAGAACUUUGAGAGUCCGUUGAAUCGUCCAAAGUGGUUCCCCAAGGAGGAGAUCGCAGCGAAGCGUGAGAUUAUCAAGGGUCUACUCGAGAGAUUGCACUAUGAGCAGAUGGAUGAAGAGGAACUCGCCGAGGAAAUGAGAGAGGAAGAGAGAAGAGAGAAAGAGAGAAUGGAAAGAGAGAAGUUGCUGGAGUCUAAAAGUAUAAACAUCAACGAUAGUUUCGAAGAAGUCGAUAAAGAAAAGGAAGAGAAAGAGGAAAAUGAAAAAGGAAAAGAAGAGGAAAAGGAAAAGGAAGAGGAAAAGGAAGAGAUAGAGAUUGAAAAAGAGGAAAGUGAGACAGAGAAAGAAAAGGAAGUGGUCAAAGAGGAAGAUAUUAGAGUAGACGGAAAAGAAAUGGAAAUUGAUAAAGAGAUUAAAACAAAUAAUGAGAAAGUAGAGAUUGAAAAUAAAGAGCCAGCAGUUGGCGAGGUGGUAGAACAAGAAAAAGUAAAAGAAAAAGAUGACGAGAAGAUGAUAGAGAAUGAAAGCAAAGAGAUAGAAGGUGAUAAUAAAGAGAAUGACAAAGAUAUUAACAAAGGUAACAACAAAGAGAAAGAGGAUAUAGAGAUUCAGCAGAUAGAAAAGAAUCAAAUAGACCAAAAAAUCGAAUCAACUACUCCCAUCGAAACAAAAGAGGAGGAGAAGGAUUUAAAUGUAGAAACACCGGAAGAUAUUACUAUCAAGUGUGAUAUAGCAGAUAUGGAACCACUAAGCGAAAAUCAAAAUGAACAAUACAAUGAUUCGAAUGGCAUCGUCUCAAAUGAUAAUGAAGAAAACAAAGGUGAUAGUUUAUUAAAAAGAAAGUUUAGUGAAACCAAUGAUAAUCUUAAUAGCGAUAAUGACAAUUCGGAAGAGUCAGCUUUAAAAAAACAAACAAAAUAA